GUACUUCGUCCCUCGCCCGCUCAGGUCCCUCGACGAAGCCUAAAGACUGAACUUUGCCCGCGUAUCAGACGUCAACGUUGCGCCCACAAAACCUGCUAUGGUCGUUCUCGCCGCCUCAAUAUGCACCAAAGGUGGAAAAGCCGUUAUUUCGCGCCAAUUCCGGGACAUGGCACGGAUGCGGAUUGAAUCGCUCCUUGCGUCAUUCCCGAAACUCAUCCCCAUUGGUACACAGCAUACAACAGUCGAAACAUCGGACGUUCGAUAUGUUUAUCAACCAUUGGAGGAUCUCUAUAUCGUCUUGAUUACAAACAAAGCAUCCAAUAUCUUGCAAGACAUCGACACCCUGCACUUAUUCGCGCGCAUCGUCUCCGAUCUCUGCAGAAGCGCUGAUGAACGGGAAAUUUUGAAGAACAGCUUCGAGCUACUUGGAGCCUUUGAUGAGGUGGUCAGCCUUGGAUACAAGGAGGGCGUCAACCUCAUGCAAGUUCGAAGCAUUCUUGAAAUGGAGAGCCAUGAGGAAAAGAUCCAGGAGAUUAUCGCCAGGAACAAAGAGGCGGAGGCAAAGGAAGAACUCAAGCGCCGCGCCAAACAACUGGAGAUGCAGCGGCGCGAACAGCAACGUCGUGCACAAGGCGGGGGAGGAGGAAGUUAUAUGGGCAUGGGCGGCGGUGUUACUGGCUACUCCCCUGUUCCACAACGAUUCGACGUACCCGAAACGGUCACGCCUGCGCGGAACUCUUCGCCCGCGCCUUCAAGCUUGCGCCCCCCUGCCUUCAAGGGCAGUGGUAUGAAACUCGGCGCGAAGAAGAAAGAUCAGCUAGCGGACGCGUUAGGCGGUGAAAUUCAUGAAUCGGAAAGCCCGGUGCCUUCUGCGCCAGGCACCCCCCUUCCUUCCGCGCAAGCUGAUCUUGCCCGCCCGAAAGGUUACCGCGGCAGUAUCCCGCCAGUCACUCCUGACAGCAUACACAUCGCCAUCAAAGAACAAAUCUCCGCCUCUCUCAUGCGAGAGGGCGGCUUGACCUCGUUGGAGCUCAAGGGUGAUAUGAACUUGACGGUUGCUGAGGCGUCGCGGGCGAAGAUCAAGCUUACUCUCGCCCCCGCUACGACUGAUUUUGGAGCGGACUUGCAAUUCAAGCAGCACCCCAACGUGGCGAAGUUUGGUGAACCUGGAACCGAUCGAACGAUUGCCCUCAAAGAUCCGUCGAAGUCGUUCCCUGUAAAUAGAGCUCUAGAAGUUCUCAGAUGGCGCUACACCGGUCGGGACGAGAGCCUCGUGCCAUUGUCAAUCAACUGUUGGCCCACCCCGUCGAACGAUGGUACCUGCGAUGUCAACAUUGAAUAUGAACUGGAAAACGAUGUUCUAUCCCUUCAUGAUGUUCUGAUCUCCAUACCUCUACCAGCCGGAUCCUAUCCGACUGUAUCCUCGCACUCCGGCACCUGGACCCUGAAUGCCUCGACGCAUUCUCUCGAUUGGUCUAUUCCGCUCGUCACUGCUGAUGAACGCUCGGGCUCUCUGGAAUUUAGCGUAGGUGGUGACGAUGUAGAUGCGUUCUUCCCUGUCAAGGUUGCAUUCGUCGCGGAGGGAAGCAUGGCUGGCGUUCAAGUCGUUUCUGCCCAUCACGCAGGCACCGGAGCAGAAGAAACAUUUUCGCAAGACACAAUCCUAUCAUCCGAGGAAUAUAUCGUGGCCUAGAGCUCGCUCUUUCGCGUGGUCGGCUUCCUUGUCUGGUGUUUCAUAUGCAUUCUGUUUAACAAUCGAAACUGUAUCGUCAUUGGACAUGGCAUCUAGCGGAGUGCGAACGAAGCACGAUGAAAGUAGGUAUGCGAAAACUAUCAUUCUGAAACUAAUGCCUACCAAAAUGUAUACAUCUGUGCUAUUUCAAUGUCAAAUUCCGAGUCGCAGUUUCCAACUUGUCAUACGCCGAAUUGCGUCGCGUGCCUAGUUCAUCGGGCACCCAACUCUUUCGUCUUGCAGAAGCACUUGGUCCUGUGAAGUAAGAAGAGUUUCUCGGGCUGCCGUCCAUGGGAGAAUGCGAAGGUGACGGGGUGAGAUAGACACCGUAGGAAGCUGCCGAUACAGAAGGGAUGGCCAUGCCCAGCGAGGGGAGGGGGCUCCGACUAGAAGCCCUCAACGAAGAUUGUAUGACGCGGGGUGUGGGCAGUUUUGUGCCGUCGGGAUCGAGGAGCAUCUGCAUGGCUACCAGGCACAUGAAGGCGUCAUUCCCGGCAUUAUGCAGCGCACACAUCCUUGAAGGUUCCACCUGGAGCGACCUGAGCAGGUUCUCGAACGAUAGUGUUGAACCCGGAAUCCGAGGCUGGCCUGUCUUGGCGUCUUGCAUGGGCGCACGGUGCGCCGUUCCGAAUAGUUGGCGUUCGAAGGUCGACGUGUCUAUCACCAGCAUAUUAUGCGGAAGUUUAAUCUUCAUCUCCUCUAAACGUUGCAGGUCAUUUUGCACCCCAUGCCCAACCAGGACCAGUGUAUUAGGUACCGUAUCGGAGUCCGGACUGGCCAGACUGCUGAUAUGCGCGCCUACAAUAGUUCGGAGGUUUGCUUUUGGCACAACCUGGCUGUCUCCAAAUGCAUCCUCCCACGGAUGAGUAGGGCAAUGUUUGUUGACAAUCUUGUCUGCAUGUUCUGCCACGAUGUAAUGACCUUUUCGGUAGUUCUGAUCCGGCGAAGGAGGCCAUACCCCUACAGCGUCCAAGUGGCCGCAACGAAUUGCGGCAUAUCCCCAUUCGAGAAUAGUAGCCGCGUUUCGCUCGGACCAUUCGAAAUCAAUUGCCAUAAAGGUUUUGUCUCGCUUUCCCCAAAGAUCUCGGAUAGCUUUUGGGUCACCGCUUCGGACGCGCACUUUCAAGGCGUUCAGCGUCGCUGCGUGCAGUGUCGCGUGCAGUUUCCGAUACGUGGCCAUAUCCGCGACAUGUCGAAGCGGUCGUUGCGACGUUUCGAAUGGAUCAACUUGGAGUAUAUUAUUGACGUUUGGAAGGGUUUCUCCGAAUCUUGUCUUGAUCAUCUUCACGAAAGCGCCUAUUGAUCCUAAGCGAGUGACGACGUGCCCUCUACAAGUUGCGGAGUCGGUGACAAUCACCACGGGCCAGUUGAAACCGAGAAAAGCGUCGAACGAUUCGAAAAGGUGACCCCAAGACCGCUCAUACCACGGGAUGUUAUGGAGCUGAAAAUGGCCAAGAUACGCAGAAUAGACCGAAUGCAGGUCGUACUCCCAUCCGGCGACGUCGACCAAAUUGAAGUCCGCCAUGGCUAGUAGCUUUUCC